AUGCGGAAACCACCGGUGGUCUUUGGCACCAUCAAGGAAGCUUUCACGCUUGACGAACAAUCACGUGCAGCACCAAAAGAAAAUGUGAACAUGGAAGAUUGGGACACAUGGCUGAUCAAAGAUGCCAUAAUGGGUUUCAAAGGAUCUAAAGUUGGGCCUAGAGCAAUAUUCAAUAAGGUCUAA